AUGCCUAAAGAAGAAGACCGGGUAAUCCCGGUGAAGGUGGCACUGCGAUGCCGCCCGCUCGUUCCCAAAGAGACCUCGGAAGGUUGCCAGAUGUGUUUGUCUUUCGUCCCUGGAGAGCCACAGGUGAUUGUAGGCAAGGACAAAUCCUUUACCUAUGACUACGUCUUUGACCCGUCGACUGAGCAGGAGGAAGUCUUCAGUACCUCCAUUGCCCCUCUUGUAAGGGGUAUUUUCUCUGGCUACAACGCCACGGUUUUGGCCUACGGGCAGACGGGCUCCGGGAAGACCUACUCCAUGGGCGGGGCCUACACCGCCGAUCAAGAGAACGACCCCGCGGUUGGAGCCAUUCCCCGCGUCAUCAUGCUGCUCUUCCAAGAACUGAAACAAAAAACCGAGUGGCACUUCGCCUUGAAAGUCUCCUAUCUGGAGAUUUACAACGAAGAUAUCUUGGACCUGUUGGCAACAGGCAAGGAACGGACUUCUCAGAUCAGCAUCCGCGAGGACCCCAAGGGAGGCAUUAAGGUAAAAUUCUUUCUUAAUACUUCACUGAUUUUAAGGGAGGAACAUUGAGUAUCUAGUACGAAGGAGAAAUUUCCUGACAGGGAGACCAAUUAAUCCGUGGAACAACUUGCCUCCAGAAGUCGGGGCUCUUUUCUCAAAUUCCCAACCUUUUGCCAUCGGGUUGCCUUCUGUAGCUAACUGAAUUUUCCCCGGUUUAGGAACGUUGGCUUUCUUUCCAAACUGCAUCUGGUUGACCUGGCCGGUUCGGAGAGGCAGAAGAAGACGAAAGCCGAAGGAGAUCGGCUGCGAGAAGGCAUUAACAUCAACAAAGGGCUGCUUUGCCUGGGGAACGUCAUCAGCGCUCUGGGGGACGAGUCCAAGAAAGCCACUUUUGUCCCGUACCGCGACUCUAAGCUCACCCGGCUUCUGCAAGAUUCCUUGGGGGGCAACAGCCACACGCUGAUGAUCGCCUGCGUCAGCCCGGCGGACUCCAACCUGGAAGAGAGCUUGAACACCCUCCGCUACGCCGACCGGGCCCGAAAGAUCAAGAACAAGCCGAUUGUGAACGUGGACCCGCAAGCGGCCGAGAUCAGCCGGCUGAGGUUGCAGGUGCAGGAACUGCAGGUGUUACUGCUUCAAGCCCAUGGGGGGACGCUGCCCGUCUCGCUUCGAGGGGAGCCCGCCGAAAAUCUCCCGUCCCUGAUGGAGAAGAACCAUUCGCUCCUGGAAGAGAACGAAAAACUCAGCCGUGGUUUGAGCGAAGCCGCCGGUCAGAUUGCUCAGAUGUUGGAGAGGAUCAUAAUGACCGAGCAGCAAAAUGAAAAGAUCGGCCAGAAGAUGGAAGACCUCCGAGAACAUGCAGCGUUAAAACUCGACCUGGAGAAGCUGCUGACGUCGUUGGAGGACGAAGAGCUGAAAGAGCCCCUGGAGCUAUUUAUCCAGCUACAGCAAGCCAUUGCUCAGCUGCUGGUGAGGUGUUAAUGUUCUUUAAUCUCACACGCGCACUCACGCACGUACCCUGUCUUCUCUCUUCUCCAGACGUCCUCGGUACCCCUGGAGGCGCGUCAGUCUUCGGACGACUACGCUGCCCAGCACGCCCUCCAGCAAGCUCAGAUGUCCAAGGAGCUGCUGGAGCUGAACCAAGCCCUGGCCCUCAAGGAGGCCCUGGCCCGGAAGCUCUCCCAGAGUGACCGGCAGCUGGAGCCCAUCCAGUGCCAGUCCCAGAUCAACAUCAAGAACCUGGAAGAGGAGGUGACCAAGCUGCAGAAGGAGAAGGAAGACCUGGUCCUCGCCCUGCAGAUCAACAAGAAGGACGUCACCCAAGCCAAGCUGAGCGAACGUCGGCGGAAACGUCUCCAGGAGCUGGAAGGGGAGAUGACGGAGCUAAAGAAGAAGCUGAAGGAACAGUCUAAGCUGCUGAAGAUGAAAGCAUCCAGCGAGCAGACCGUCUCCAAGCUCCACCAGGAAAUCUGGGCCAUGAAAAACCAGCGCAUUCAGCUGAUUCGGCAGAUGAAAGAAGACGCGGAGAAAUUCCGCCAGUGGAAGCAGCAGAAGGACAAGGAAGUCAUCCAGCUGAAGGCCCAGGAUCGCAAGCGGCAGUAUGAACUGGUCAAGCUGGAGCAGGACUUCCAGAAGCAGGCCACCGUCCUCCGACGGAAAGCCGAAGAAGCUGCAGCAGCUAACAAGCGCUUGAAGGACGCCCUCCAGAAGCAGCACGAUGCCGGGACGAAACGGAAGGUCCUUCAGAACCGGGGGUUCGAAGCGGCCGCUGCCCGGGUGAAGAACUGGCUGAUGAAUGAAGUCGAGAUUCUCGUGAGCAUACAAGAAGCCCGGCACCAUCUAAACGAUCUUCUGGAUGACCGCAGGACGUUGGCCAAAGAGAUUGCGCAGCUGAAGGAGAAGCAGGAGGCUGGCGAGGUCCUCCCGUCCAAAUACAGGAGACGCACCUUUUCCUACAAAUCCAUGGAAGUCAACCAUUCCAUCAGCAAGCAGAUUGAGAGCUUGGAGACUGAAAUGGAGCUGAGGAGCGCCCAGAUUGCAGAUCUGCAGCAGAAGUUGUUGGACGCCGAGUCCAGCGACCGGACCAAACAGCGCUGGGAAAACAUUGCCACUCUAUCGGAAACCAAGUGCGGCAUCAAGUACCUGAUUGGGGAACUGGUCUCCUCCAAAGUGGAAAACGGGAAGCUGGAGAGCCGCCUCCAGCAGAACAAAACCGCCUGCGCCGACGUGCACAAGAUGCUUCUGGAGGAGCGGAAGGGGGCUGCCGACGCGGAGGCCGAGCUGGAGAGGCGCCUGGUCCAGGUGCAGGAGGAGUACCAGGAGAAGAUCUUCUACCUGCUCAGCCAAGUCCCGCAAAACGAAGACGCUGAAAACAGGCUGGAAACUUCCAUUUCGGAACGGGAGCAGCAGCUUCUUGAGCGCCUCAGAUUCCAGGACGAAGAGCUGGGAAAAAUGAAAGAGGUGUUUGAGAAGAACCAGGAGCUGUGCGAAGAGCUGGAGAGGCUCAAGCAGAAGCUGACCAUUCUCCAGGCUGCUGGCGGGCAGAAGAUCUACCACGUGGAUCCCGGACUGGGAGACAGUCCCGAAUCUCCUUUUGAUUACAUCCCUCCCAAGCCGAAGUUUCGCCGGAUGACCAGCGCGAAAGCAAAAUCCGAAAUGAGUCCCGAAGACCCCUUCUCCGAAUCCUCUGAGUCGGCAGAAGAAGCGGAGGAUGAGUGGGUGCCGCCCAAAAUUGCCCGAGGCAUGAGGAAGAGCAUUUUAGGGUGCACCUGCCGAGGCCGCUGCGGGAACAAGCAGUGCGGUUGUCGGAAACAGAAACUGGCCUGCUCGGAGGACUGUCGUUGUGAGGGAGAAAAAUGUCGGAACCGGGAGAAUGGGUUUUUGGGGCUGCUGAGCGACGAGCUGAUAGGAGACCUGCGGGAGAGGACCUUCACCCUGGAGGACCCCACCCAGGUGACCUGCGGGGACACUUUCUUUGCGCCCCCCAUCACAUCAGCAAGGUGCGGUUGUCGGAAACAGAAACUGGCCUGCUCGGAGGACUGUCGUUGUGAGGGAGAAAAAUGUCGGAACCGGGAGAAUGGGUUUUUGGGGCUGCUGAGCGACGAGCUGAUAGGAGACCUGCGGGAGAGGACCUUCACCCUGGAGGACCCCACCCAGGUGACCUGCGGGGACACUUUCUUUGCGCCCCCCAUCACAUCAGCAAGGGUACAAAGAGGCCGUCGGGGUGGGGUGGGGUAA